AGGGAAAGAAGAUACAUAGUAUCAAACUAUUCUUGCUACCAUGCUUUCUACUACUAACUACUAUUCUCUUCUUGCAACCAUUUUCUUAGUGCUAACGUUUCUUUUCCCUUCGAGGGGUCAAUUGAGUGCUACAUUCUACUCUAGCACGUGCCCUAAUGUGUCCUCCAUCGUGAGCAAUGCUGUUCAGCAGGCUCUGCAAUCUGAUUCUCGUAUUGGUGCAAGCCUCACUCGUCUUCACUUUCAUGAUUGCUUUGUCAAUGGGUGUGAUGCGUCCAUUUUGUUAGACCAGGGUGGUAACAUUACACAAAGUGAGAAAAAUGCUGCUCCCAACUUCAAUUCCGUUCGGGGAUUUGAUUUAGUUGACAGCAUCAAGAGCUCCAUCGAAAGUUCAUGCCCUGGAAUCGUUUCUUGUGCUGACAUUCUUGCACUUGCAGCAGAAUCUUCUGUGUCCUUGUCAGGAGGUCCUUCAUGGAAUGUACUACUUGGAAGAAGGGACGGUCUAACUGCGAACCAAGCUGGUGCCAAUAGCUCCAUUCCCUCUCCAUUUGAGAGUCUAUCCAAUGUCACAUCCAAAUUCUCUGCUGUUGGAUUAGACACCACUGAUCUAGUUGCUUUAUCUGGUGCACACACUUUCGGGCGUGCCCAGUGCCAAUUUUUCUCCCAAAGGCUAUUCAACUUCAGUGGCACAGGGAGUCCUGACCCAACCCUAAACUCAACCUACUUAGCCACUCUUCAGCAAAACUGUCCCCAAAACGGGAACGGGUCUACAUUGAACAACCUAGACCCUUCAACCCCAGACUCUUUUGACAACAAUUACUUCACCAAUCUUCUCAUCAACCAAGGUCUUCUCCAAACAGAUCAAGAACUCUUCUCCACCAAUGGCUCUUCCACUGUCUCCAUUGUCAACAACUUUGCCAACAACCAAACGGCGUUCUUCCAAGCUUUUGCUCAGUCAAUGAUCAACAUGGGUAACAUUAGCCCCUUGACGGGUUCCCAAGGAGAAAUUAGAACCGAUUGUAAGAAACUCAAUGGAAGUUGAAGAUAAACAAAGAGAGAGCAUUACCACAAUAUAUAAACGACCUUGUAAACCCUUUAAGAGAGAAAGAAAUAAAGAAAAUGAUCAAAUUUUUCUAUAAUAUAAAAUUAAUUUGUGCAUAACUUAAAAUUAUAAUUUUUGAGAAAUUGGUAAGAAGGUGUUUUAUAAAUUAACUUAUGUAUAAGUUAAUUUUAAUUAUGCAUAAAUUAAUCUUAUUUUAUGAAAAAAUUUAUUUUUUUCUUUUUAUUUUUCUCUUCUAAAUUUAUUCUCGGAGAAGUUUAUUUAAACAAUUCGUAGUUAAUCUUGACACAGUAUACAGUUUUGAUUUUGCAUUUGUGAAUGUGAGUGUGGCUAAGAAAUAGUUUAAAAAUUGAUGUAAAAUCUUUUUGAAUACAAGUUAGAAUUAUUUUUAUGAAUCUCUAUAUUAAAAAUAAAGAACAUUUUUAAUAAAGAAAUUCUUAAAAAUUAUUUUUAGAUUUAUAUUCAAACAAGGUGAUACUUUAAUUUAUGCUUUAAUUUCUGUAUUUGAGGAUGUGAUGGAUAAAAUAUGGGUUUGUUUUUGUCUUUGUGUGGGGGGACUACAAAAUAGUUUAGAUGAGAGAAACUAUUGUGGCUUUCGAGCUUUGUAUUCUGCUGUCGUUUCCUUGGAAAUAGUGUUAUAUAUUUGAAGUAUUCUUAAUUGAUAAAUAUUUCCACGUGUA